AACAGUAAAUGUCAAAAUACCUGUCAAAGUUGUCACCAGUGAUUAAAUUAGUACAUUUCAAGUUUUUAACACCGUUUAAAAGCAUUUUUAAUGUAAUUUUUAAGUUAUCAGUGUUGUAAACAUUAACUGCAAAUUAAAUUAACAAUUACAUAACACAAAUUAAGCAAUUUAAAAAGGUGACCGGUUCGGAUUAAUUCAUGUGACCGUCUUCGUAAGGUUAACAUCAACUGCGUUUAGUUUUUCGUCGGUUUGUGUUUCGUUUUUACAUUCUACAAACACCAGGAAGUAUUUUAUUAAGAUGAUUUACUUUCUUGUAGCUUUCAUCGUAAUUCUAUUAGGAUUUUAUUGGAAGAAGCCCAAAAAUACUCCCCCAGGACCCUUUGGAUUACCAGUCGUUGGAUAUUUACCGUGGUUAGAUCCAGUAAAUCCCCACUUAACUUUAACACAACUCAGCAAAAAAUUCGGCAGCGUUUAUGGGUUGUUUUUAGGAUCGGUUUAUACAGUGGUUGUUUCUGAUCAUAAAAUAAUAAGGAAGUUAUUCGCUAAAGAAGCUACAAUUGGAAGAGCACCUCUCUAUUUAACCCAUGGAAUUAUGAAAGGAUAUGGAAUUAUUUGCUCGGAAAAGGAUUUGUGGAAAGAUCAAAGAAAAUUCGUUUUUAGUUGUUUUAAACAAUUCGGAAUGUCGAAAAUUGGCGGUAAACGGGAAACGAUGCAAUCAUUCAUUUUAAAGGAAGUAAACGAUCUCAUUGAUUAUAUUAAACAUUCUAAACCAACGUCAAAUGGUGAUAUCAUCUUAGACCCAAAUCAUAUUUUAAAACAUAACGUAGGAUCAACUGUUCAUGAAAUCGUUUUUGGGACUUCUUAUAAUCGAGAUGACAAAAUUUGGAAUUAUUUACUUCAUCUUCAAGAAGAAGGUACGAAAUGUCUUGGAAUUGCUGGACCUUUAAAUUUUCUUCCUUUCUUAAGAUUUCUUCCAUCUUUCAAAAAAUCAAUGGCAUUUAUAACAGAUGGCCAAGCUGAAACUCACGAAGAAUAUAAAAAGAUAAUCUCCAAACAAAAAACUCUCUUAAAUCAAUUCCUUGAAAACGAUCCAAAUUAUCAACCAGAUAAUAUUUUGCACGCCUUUUUAAUGGAAAAAGAGAAACGAAAAGGAGAACCAACAGAAAAAUUUUACAACCCCACUCAACUCCUUUAUUUACUAGCGGAUAUCUUCGGAGCCGGCUUAGAUACAACCCUCACCACUUUAAGAUGGUUCUUCUUGUACAUGGCCAAACACCCGGAAAUUCAAAAAAAACUCCACGAAGAAAUCGACAACAUCAUUCAAAACAGAUCUCCGAAUCUAAACGAUUUUGCAUCGAUGCCUUUCGCUGAGGCGUGCUUCUCCGAAACUCAAAGAAUCCGAUCCGUAGUUCCGGUUGGAAUCCCUCACGGUGCUUUGGAAGACGUUCAAAUCGAAAAUUACGUUAUCCCAGAAAACACGAUGAUUGUCCCAUUACAAUGGGCUAUCCAUAUGGAUGAGGAGGUUUGGGAUAGCCCAGAAGAGUUUAAUCCAAAUCGAUUUUUAAACGAGGAAGGAGGUUUCGUUAAAAACGAAGCUUUAAUUCCGUUUCAAACCGGGAAAAGGAUGUGUGUUGGGGAUGAGUUUGCUCGGAUGGUUAUGUUUUUAUUUGGAGUUGGUGUUUUGCAAGAGUUUUUUGUUUGUGCUCCGGAUGGAAUCGAUUUGGAUGUUACUGGAGAUUGUGGCAUCACUUUAACACCGAAAGACCAUGAGUUAGUUUUUAAGGUAAGAAAAAUUGUUUAAUCAUGAAAUGUUUUUGACUAUAUUUAUAUGAAUAUACCUUCAUAAAUAUA